AUUUUAUGCAGUUGUUUUAUGACUCUUUUUCAUUUUUAUGAAGAUAAACACUCUGGCAAUCACCAAAGUGAGCCACUAUAUAUAUGGUGCUAUGAAAGCUCAGAGUCCAGCACCACACACAAGCUUGCCUCGGGGUUUGAAAGCUACAUAACUCUCUGCAUACUCUUGCAUUUCAUCAUUCUUAUACUUAAAACUCAGAAAGCUUUGUAUAAUGGAUAUGGUAAAGGACCUUGCAUCAAAGAAAGCUGCAGUUAUAUUUACCAAGAGCUCAUGUUUCAUGUGCCAUAGCAUUAAGGCACUCUUUUACGAACUUGGUGCAAGCCCUGCUAUUCAUGAACUUGAUCAAGAUGCAAAUGGGAGGGAAAUGGAAUACGCUCUUCAAAGGCUGGGCUGUAAUCCUUCUUUCCCAGCGGUCUUCAUAGGUGGAAAGUAUAUAGGUUCAGCCAAAGAUAUCAUAUCUCUACAUGUAGAUGGAUCUCUAAAAGAAAAGCUGAUCCAAGCCAAAGCCAUUUGGUUCUAAUCACCUAAACCAAUCUAGCUAUCAUCGUGAUGACAUUGUAAACAAUAACAUUGUACCAAGGGCUUCUCUUUUUGUCAGCCCUGGCGAGGAAGUAUAGUUUAUGAAAAUGUCUCCUUAACCUUUAUAACAA